AUCCCUUGUUCCUUGUUAAUGUCUGCUUAUUUUCUGUCUAUGGACUACAGUAAAGAAAGUCAAUCCAAGAAGCAGAAGUGCAGGUCCGGUGAGAAUCACCCGAGAGAUGAUAUGGCUUCUCUACCCCGAGAAGUUUCCCUUGACAUAAUUUCCAGGCUUCCCAUUACAUCUCUGAUGCGAUUCAGGUCAGUCUGCAAAUCCUGGCACAACUUGUCUCAUGAUCAUCAGCUUGUUCAUUUGCACCUGUCUCGAACAUCAAACGACAAUCCAUGCCUCAUAUUUCACUGCAACUAUCCCAUCAGAAACUGGCUUUACUUUGUUUUGUUGUCCGGUCAUGAUGAUGAUGAUGAACAAGUAGUCAGAAGAAUCGAUCCCCCUUUUGCAGCAUCUAUGUCAGACUUUAAUGUGGUAGGAUCAUGUGCUGGCCUGUUAUGUCUAUCUGAUUCUUUGUUCCACUCUUCUCUGUUCAUAUAUAAUCCUUUUACUGGGAACCACAAAGAACUGCCAAAAUCCAUUACAUUUCAGCACCGGGAACAAAGGGUGGUUUCUGGAUUCGGAUUUCACUCGAUUUCUAAGCAGUACAAGGUGGUCAAGAUUGUCUACUAUGCCACCGACCCGAGGUACUACCGGCCUUCUGGUAGGGUCGGGACUCACUGCUUCAACCAAUCAGAUGUUCAAGUGCUCAGCCUUGACAGCACCAAUUGGAGAAGCAUUGGAGAAGCCCCUUACUGGCUGGAGUUCGGGUCAACCGGAGUGCUGGUGAAUGGAAGGCUGCACUGGUUAAGAAGAAACGCUGGGUAUUAUCUCGACGGGAGCAUUGCAUCCUUUGAUCUAGCCGAGGAGCGGUUUCAGGACAUCCCAAAACCUUAUUUUGGUGAGAUCAUCAGCCUUAUGGUUCUACAAGGUUGUCUUUCUGGUGUGACAUUCAAUAAUAGGUGUUUCAAGAUUUGGGUCAUGAAAGAAUAUGAGAGGAAAGAGUCCUGGGUGAAACAGUUCACAAUUGAGUCUUCACUAAUGCCCAGAUUUAGCUAUCCAAAGCUACCAUAUAAGCUGUGGAAAGAUGUUUUAUGCAUCCCAGUAGUGAGAGUUCUGUGCCUUAUGAAAAAUGGUGAGUUGCUGAUACAGUGCAAAGGUGUUGGCCUGAUUGCAUAUAAUCCUCAGAGUGGUGUGUUUAGGCAUCUAGACUUUCCUGGGCUGCCUAAUAUCUUUCUCACAAUUGUUCAUCUUGCUAGCCUUAAUUGGAUUGAUAUUGCUAUUUAAUUAGAUCACAGACAAAAUCUAUCAUACUAUGCGGCAAUUUGUUCUUAGGAAAUGGAGAAUUUUGUGUAAAAUUACUUAGUUGCCCUUGACAAUUUUUGUAAUAUAGA